CGAAGGAUACGUGCUAAAUCAGACGAAGCCUUGGAUGCUUUAGAUAUCGCGCUCGUAAUCGUUUACUGUAGAUAAUAAAUCGUGCCCCAUUUGCAAAAAUGAUGGAAAUGGUGUGGAGUUCAAGUAAAAUUGUUAAAUUGCAUCGCAGGGAUAACGAAAAAUUUGGGAUUAGUCUUAUUAUCGGAAAGAUUAAUAUAAAAACGCCUGGAAAUGAAACCCAAUCUGUUGUUGGAGUCUUUAUUAAGAGCAUUGCGCCAACGUUGAUUGACAAAGUUGAUUGUCAGGUUGGUGAUCGCGUACUGAAGAUUGGAGAUGUGGAGAUAGAAGCUAAUCAAGAGUCAGUCUUUAAAGCUACUCAGAAUUCAACUAAACCAGUACUUCUUACCCUACAAUCUUUACUUUUGCUGGUUCAAGAGAAAGCACCAGAUGACGAAAAAAAAGAAGAAACUAGGAUUGAAGAACCGAAGGAAUGUGCUGAUUACUCUCAAAUUAAUGGUACAGAAACCGAGGUACAGCAGCCUUCCGUAUCUUCACUGAAAAUUCCAUAUAAACCGCACCCCGAACCCAUGAUUCAUGAAGUAGAGGUUGCGGAAGAAGAAGAAGUAGUCGAUGAAGACGAAUCGGAAGAAGACGAAGAAGAAGACGAGGACGAAGACGAUUACAGUGACAAGCAAGUCGAUUAUUCUUGCAGUUCAGAUGAAAUACAAAAAAAGUACGCCAAAUUUGGAAAAACCGUAAUGAUGGUACAGUUAGAACGAGGUCAAAAGGGCUUAGGUUUAAGUCUUGCGGGACACAAGGAUCGUAACUGUAUGGCGGUGUUUGUUUGCGGUUUAAAUCCAAAUGGCGAAGCUUAUAAAAUGGGAGGAAUUGAAGUUGGCGAUGAAAUUUUGGAGGUGAAUGGUAUUGUACUGCAUGGUCGAUGUCAUCUGAACGCAUCAGCAAUUAUUAAAGGCCUAGCUGGACCGGUAUUUAAAAUAGUCAUAUUAAGACGCAAAGCUGCCAUUAACGAUAUUGCCGUCCGUCCUCUAACUCAAUUUCCAGUCACAUUGGAAGAAGAGGAGACGAAUGAAGAGCGAUUUUCCGGAUACCCCAACGUGAGAAACGUGGUUGUAGAAAAAGUAAGUAAAUAUUUAGCGCUCUAAGAAUAAAAUGAACUUCAUGAUGGAAUGUAGGUUACAGAAA